AAAGCUGAUUUGGCUGUCGGAUCAUUCACAAUCACUUACGACAGGGAUCGUGUAAUCGACUUCACCACACCUUUUAUGUAUCUGGGCAUCAGCAUUAUCUAUAGAAGACCCGAGGAUAAAGAGUCUCAUCUGUUCUCUUUUCUGCAACCUUUGUCUGCUCCGGUGUGGGGCUAUAUUUUGGCCGCAACUAUCAUGGUCAGUUUGGUUCUAUUUGUCGUGGCCCGAUUCAGUCCUUACGAAUGGAAGAACAAGCAUCCGUGCAACGCCAACUCAAAUGUGAUUGAGAACAAUUUCAAUGUGCUGAACAGUUUGUGGUUCACGUUUGGUUCGCUCAUGCAAAAGGUCGGAACAAAAGAACCUCAGAAUGGGAUAUAA